GUGCAGUGUUUUGAUUCCUACAGUCCCUGAAGGCAGCAUGAGGACAGGCUGAUCUUUGAGUUACUUGGUCCGGUUUCUGUUAAACUUUGUUGACAACAGACACUGGAUAAAACCGGACCGUUAAACAGAUCUGGACACGUGAGACUACUGUCAGAGGAUAUAUCAGUUGUCUGUGAUCAAAUACUAGGACAUUUUGUCAUAUUUAAACUUCACUGUUCGUCGUUCUUAAACACCUCCAUUUCCGGGAUGAACGCGCUGCUAAGGCGUUUCAACCGCCGGUGGGUCAGCGCGUGGAGAGAUUUCCACAUGGGAGUCCCCAUGAUGACUUUCGACCUAAGGAAAGUGGAACUGAUGCCUUUGGAGCAGCGGAAACUCACUUUUGACUCCCAUGCCAUGGUGACAGAGCUGGAGAAAAAUGGGUUUGAAAAGCGUCAGGCAGACCUCAUCGUUUCGGCUUUGGUCAGUUUGACGACGGCAAAUAUGGACAUUGUUUACAAAGACAUGGUGACUAAAUCUCAUCAGGAAAUCGCUUUGCAGCAAAUCAUGGCUCAUCUGGACUCCAUUAGGAAGGACAUGGUGAUCCUGGAGAAGAGCGAGUUCGCCAACCUACGAUCUGAGAACACGAAAAUGAAGAGAGAACUGGAGCAGCUACAAAGCAGACUGAAGGAGGAGAGUCAGAAAGUCAGAGCAGAAACUAAACUGGACAUCAACCUGGAGAGCAGCAAGAUCUCCGACAUGUUUACUGAACAGGAGAGGAAGUUGUUGGAGGCCAGCACAGAGUUCCACACCAAGAAAGCCGACCUUGAACACGACAACAUGGAGAUCAACAAGAAGAUCGAUCUGCAGGUGGCAUCGCUCAAAACUCUGUUGGAGUCGCUGAAACUGGAGACGGUGCGUUACUUGGCAGCGACAAUGUUCUCCUGCCUCGCCAUUGCUCUGGGAAUUUACCGUUUAUGGAAGUGAAGAAAAUAGUUCCACUGAAGGACAUUCAGGUUAUUUUUAUUGUAUUUAUUAUAUUGAAAUCAGAUUUUCUUUUUAACCUCUCGAGCUUUAAUUUGAAGUUGUUUUACAAUACGUACAGAAAAAAUAUGUUAAAAAACAAACAUAUAUUACAAUACUUGAAAACAUACACUCCUGAUCACAAUUUUAAGACCAGUUGAAAAAUUCCAAGAAUUUCCAUUUUUCACUGUUGGAUCUUAAGAAGGUUCUAAGUAGAGUUUAGCAGAGAGAAAGCUUUUUAGCCUUUGCCAUCAGGAGGUCAUGACAGUGUGAAUACCUGACAGAAAAUGACAUUGAAUCCACUUUUUUGCUUAGAUUUUGGCUUUCAAAAGCUCUGGUCUUUAACUUUUGAUCAGCUGAUGAACAGCCUAGUUCAGUUUGUUUUCAAUAAAUUGCUUACUCAAAUAUUUUUCUUCUUUUUGCAUUUUGAAACUCUACUUAGAACCUUCUUCAGAUCCAACAGUGCAAAAUGUAAAUUCAUGGAAUUUUUCAACUGCUCUUAAACUUCUGAUCAGAUGUGUUUACUACAAUGGUCUCCUCUUUGUUUAAAGAUAUUUUAUGUGAUUUGAGUGUAACUUUUUUAUCUUAUGGAAUGAUUUUCCAAACAAGUGUUAGGAAUGAAUACUGGAUAAGUAUGGAUAAGAGAGUUUUUUGCUGCAUUGUUAUCAGUAUUGUCUUUAUUAUGCAAUUCUAUACUUUAAUAAUCUAACUGUACAUGCAUUUAUUUAGGUAUUUGAUUUAUUUUAUGUAUACUACUGAUUUUACCUCAUUUUUUAAAUUAUAUACAUUUUUUGUCAUUUAUGUUGAAACUUCCCGGUUAACAAACUCUAUUUUUUCUUGAUUUUCUUGAAGAUCCAUCAAUUGACUGUUAAAAUGAACUGAAGUUUGACUUAUUACAGGGAAAGCAAGUAUUUUCAUAAAUGAGGAAGACAGUUUACAGUGGAGGGAAAAAAAAGAACAUAUUUCUCUGAUAUUUUAUAACCUUUAUAAUGGUCAAAGUACAUUUAUUUUCCUGUUUAAUGGUAAAUCAGUUCAAAUUAUUAAAAUUAUAAUGGAAUAUAAACCGCUUGGAUAAAUAUUAAUUUAAUUCAUUUAGUGUUAAUAAAUGUAUCUAUGUUAAGGACAUCAUGAUCAUCAUCACAUUGUGAAAAAUUCAGUUAUGACAUUUAUUGUGGAACAUUUGUACUCAUUUCAAACGCAUUUUUAUUUUAUUAAACUUUUUCAUUUUCUGCA